AUGAGCGAUAGCCAGGCCCAGUACAAUCCCCGCAAGCGCCGUCGACCCGCUUUAUCGUGCGAGCAGUGCCGUCGCCGAAAAGUCCGAUGCGACCGGGAAAUGCCGUGUGGGCCCUGCAAAAAGGCCUACGGCUCUAUGGACUGCUCCUAUGUCUAUGAAGGCAAGGCUGCUUUGGAGUCCCGGCGUAAUGGAUUUAGAGCCAGUGGGUACGAGUCUCCCCCGUCUGUUGGGGCGCAGGCAGGUCCUCAUGAUGGCGCUCAUCGCUCUCCGGACGGAGCUCGGAUGGCGCAGAUGGAGAGCACUAUUCGGGCUCUGCAGGAUCGCGUUCAAAGCCUAGAGCAGUCGGCUCAAUCUGGCUCUAGUCAAUCGCAGAGGGUAGGAGACAUGACGCGUUUUGAUGGAGUAGAUGAUCGCAUUGGGCAGCGUUUCGAUGAUCGACGGGAUGAAAUCGAACAACCGCAGACACUCAUUGCACCUCUAGCACCCCGCCUGAAGGGUACUGGUGAGAAGACCAAGCUGUUUGGUACAACACACUGGGCGAUUGUGUUCCAGCAGUUCCGUCUCCUGCGCCAAGUUCGCAGCACAGCUAUGUCUGUCGAAGGCAAGGAGAAUGACAUUGGCAAGCUCCAUAAGGAAAUUAGAUCCAUGAGAAGACUGAUUAAGGGUCGUCAGGCUCCCCGACUUGUUGAUCCGACGCCUGGUUUACUGAAUGACCUACCGUCACGGGAGGUCUGCGAUGACUUAGUGCAUCACUAUUUGCGAACUCUCGAACUCGUCUAUCGAGUUCUGCAUGUCCCAGUAUUUUAUGAGGAGUACGAUCGCUUCUGGGAGAAUCGUUCUUCAGUCACGAAUGGUUUUAUGUUCAAGCUUCUCUUGAUCCUCGCAAUCGGCUCAGUGUUUUAUUGCAGGCCAGGGCCUGCCAAUGAACUCGGCAUCCCUGUUCGACGUUGGGUCUAUGCCGCACAGUGGUGGCUAACCGGUCCAUUUGAUAAAGAGACCGAUAAUCUAGAAGGCUUGCAAGUGAACUGUCUCUUACUCCUCUGUCGACAGGCAUAUGCGAUCGAUAAGGAGGCCAGCUGGGCUUCGGCGGGUACGCUGGUACGGCUAGCUAUCCGUCAAGGUCUACAUCGUGAUCCAAAGAAUUUCCCGACACUCUCCCCGUACGACUGUGAAAUGCGACGGCGUAUCUGGGCCACUAUUAUCGAGAUCAAUGUCCAGUUUGCCAUCGAUGCGGCCAUGCCUCCUCUACUCGGUCCAUAUGACUUCGACACGCUUCCACCCUCGAACCUCGAUGAUGAAGAAUUUAAUCAGGCAACUACUUCAUUGCCGUCUCCUCAACCUCGCGACUUUUAUACGAGCUCUUCGCUGCAAAUCCUGCUUUUAGAAUCUUUUCCAGUUCGAUUACGAAUUGCGCGGGCAAUAAAUGAGUGCGGACAGAGGCAGUCCUACGAGAUGGCUUUGAAGCUGGGAAGUGAUCUGACAGCAUCUUGCAAGGAUAUGACUCGCUUGAUGCAUGGAUUUAUUUCUCGCGCUACUGCGCGAAAUCUCCGACCAACCCUCUUCCACCAUCGUCUUAUGGACACCCUCCUCCGUCGCUUCUUGAUCAAUAUCUACCGCCCAUUCGUGGUACAAGCGAUUCACGACCCCCGAUUCUACCUCUCUCGAAAGCUCAGUCUUGAGUCAGCUCUCUUGACAGCUUCAUAUGCCGACGCACCUAGCGACUCAAGUGCAGAUCACAUCCCCCAUCGAGACUUUCAAAGGCUGUCUCUAUCCGGGGCUGGUGUCUUCAAGGGCUACUUGUCCCUAGACGUCUUGGUUGUCAUCAGUCUCGAGGUCAUCACUCAACUAGAAGACGAGGUCGCCAGGCAGCCCACCGAUUCAGACCAAGCUCCCCCCGAUGCCGUAAUUCAAAUGGCCCAAGCAGCUCGUGCACCUCUGAUCCAGGCCCUCGAAAAAUUAUGGGACCAUCUUUAUCAGGGCUUGGUGGUCGGUAUUCCUAGUAUGAAACGAUACUGUCUGCUUGGGGGUAUUCUUGCUCAGAUUCGUGCAGUGCCUCGUGGGGAGCAGGCUGAGUGGAAUCAUAUUCGAGAUGCUUUUAUGGAUACUAUGGAGACGUGUCGGACUCUGUUGCAGCAACAUAUCGCGGAUGAGAGGUUGGAUUCGAUUGGGGAUGCGGCGUUGACUACGCCUGCUGAUGGGGCGAAUCAAUGGACGCCUGAGGGUGUGAUUGGCUCGAGUCUGGAUUCGGACUUUAUGAUUCCUAAUUUGGGGCUUGAGGAUCUCAGCUUUUGGGAUAUUCCUGGUUUCGCCGAUGCCGACGCUUUCGAUCCACCACAACUGCCUGAAGUGCCUUAG